UGAGCAGUGGUGUGAACAGCAGCUGGCAGGCAGUAGGCGGCUCCCUGCAUCUUGCCGGUGUCCGCAGCAGCACUGCUACAGCGAGGGAGCUGCCGACACUCAGCCAAGCUGUGCUGGACCGGACCUGGAGCUGUGCUGGACCGGACCUGGAGCUGUGCUGGACCGGACCCGGAGCUGUGUGCCCUCUGCCACAGUAUUGUCCUGCCCUGCUGCACUAAAAACCAGGGGAGCUGCUGCCAGUCUGGCCCACCUGCUGCCAUCACCCUGGGAUUGUGCUUUUACUCUGUGCCCACCUGAGCCAACCCUCUGCUGUACUGCCGGUGCCUGUGCCCACCUAACCUGCCGCUGCUGUACCCACCUUAUCUGCCGGUGCCUGCGCCCACCUGAUCUGCCGCUGCUGUACCCACCUGACCUGCCGCUUCUGUGCCCGCCUGCCGCUGUCUGUGCCCGCCUGCCCCGCCGCUGUCUGUGCCCACCUGACCUGCCGCUUCUGUGCCCGCCUGCAGCUGUCUGUGCCCACCUGACCCGCCGCUGCCUGUGCCCACCUGACCUGGCGAUUGACUGCUCCUCCAGCCUCUGAUGGUGGGCUUCUCUCAGGUCAAGAUGAAGAAAGUUAGACAGUAUUUCACAAAGGCCCUACAUCGCAUGCAGAAGGGUCCAGGUUACACCUAUAAAGAACUACUGGUCUGGUUCUGCAAUAACACCAAUACUCAUGGACCGAAGCGAAUUAUCUCGGAAGGACCCAAAAAGAGGGUGUUGUGGUUCCUGUUGACCCUAUUUUUCGCCGCUCUUGUCUUUUGGCAGUGGGGCAUUCUCAUACAAACGUAUCUGUCCUAUGGGGUUAGCGUGUCUCUCUCCAUAGGCUUCAACGCCAUGGUAUUUCCCGCUGUGACCAUCUGCAAUGCCAAUCCUUUUAAAUACUCACGCGUGAAGCCGCACUUGCGUGAGCUGGAUCAGCUGGUUGCCACAGCUUUAGACCGGAUCCAGUUCUCCAGCCAAAGCGAUCUCGGUGCAAUGACUCCAGCUAACAUAAGCCACAAUGAGACCAUCGACCCCAGUUUGUGGAAUUACAUGCCACUAGUGGUCAUCGACGAAAAUGACCCCGACAAUCCAUUGGUUUAUAACAUCUUUGAUAGCAGCACAAAUUAUUCUCGGGUUACCGCCAAAGACAACCAAACUGCAUAUGCUGAGAGAUUUAAAGUGGCCAUUCAACUGUGCACCAACAAUGGGAAGCAAUGUGAAUACAAGAACUUUACCAGUGGCAUCCAAGCCAUACGGGAAUGGUAUCUUCUUCAGUUUUCCAGUAUCUUCUCAAAAAUACCAUUAGAAGACAAGAUUGAAAUGGGCUACAAGGCAGAAGAAAUGAUCCUCACCUGCAUGUUUGGAGGAGAAACGUGCAGUUACAGAAAUUUCACACAUAUUUACGAUCAGGACUAUGGAAAUUGCUAUAUCUUCAACUGGGGUCAAGAAGGUCAAGAGUUAUUGGUAUCUGCUAACCCAGGAGCAGAAUUCGGACUGAAGAUGGUUCUUGACAUUGACCAGGAAGAAUACAUUCCAUUUCUCCAGACCACCGCCGCUGUCAGACUUAUUCUCCACCAGCAGAGAAGUUUCCCGUUCCUGAAGGACCUGGGGAUUUAUGCCAUGCCAGGAACAGAGACCUCCAUAGCUGUUCAAGUGGACCAGACGGAGCACUUAGAGGCUCCAUACUCCACAUGCACAAUGGAUGGCUCUGAUAUUCCAGUGGCAAAUCUCUAUGAAAAGUACAACAGUUCCUACUCAAUCCAGUCUUGCCUGCGUUCGUGUUUCCAGGAAGGGAUGGUGGGACAGUGUAACUGCGCUCACUACUUGUUUCCACUUCCGGAUGGGGCCCAUUACUGCAACAACAAGGAAGAUCCGGACUGGGUGUCCUGUUAUUACAAGAUGAAAGACUCUGUGAUGGAGAGAGAAAAGUGUAUUAAUCUUUGUCAGCAGCCAUGCAAUGACAGUAACUAUAAAAUGACCAUCUCCAUGGCUGAAUGGCCCUCCGCUGCAGCAGAGGACUGGAUUUUUCAUGUUCUUUCUUAUGAAAAAGAAAGCAGCGAGAAGAUAAUUGUGAACAGAAAUGGUAUCAUCAGACUGAACAUAUACUUCCAGGAAUACAAUUACCGCAGUGUUUCAGAUUCUGCAGCCACCGAUGUGGUGUGGCUUCUGUCGAACUUGGGUGGACAGUUUGGAUUCUGGAUGGGAGGCUCAGUCCUAUGCAUCAUUGAGUUUGGAGAAAUCAUUAUAGACUGUCUUUGGAUCACCAUACUCAAGCUUCUCGCUUGGCACAGAGUAAGAAAAGAGAAGAAACGACGCCCUGAGUACGCCGAUCCACCGCCCACGGUGUCUGAGCUGGUGGAAGGAUACACUAACCCUGACUUCCAUCAUGAAGAUCCAGAGCCAGAGCCUAUGCCUAUACCAGGCACCCCACCUCCGAAGUAUGACUCCCUUCGGCUUCGACAGAUGAAUGAUGCAAUUGAAGUCAUAUCUAGUGAUGAAGAACAAUAACUUUAUUUUAUUUUGUAAUUACAAUUAACACCCAUUACUAAUCAAUCGCAUUCACGAAAUCUACUAGUACCAAAAAUUCUUAUUAUAUAUUUUUGGGGAGAAAUAUUGUAUUUUUAGAACAAAAUGAAGCUCCAUUAGGGGUCAUUUUUCAGUAUUGAUCUACUCAAGUGUUUAAAGUUAUUUGAAAUAUAUUUUCUUAGUCUUCUACAGGUCUGUAUAUAGUGUUACUUGACAAAUCUCAGGAGCCAGGUUGCCAGUAUUCCUAGCAAUUUCCUUCUGCCACACAAAUUUUUGGUCGCUUUCCGUUGAUGUCUGUUCUACUGAAACCAGGUUCUAUAGUGUCUUAACUGGCUUUUGUAAUUUGUCUACCCCAGUGUAAAGUAAUAUUUUAUUUUUAGUCCUAGUAGUGGUUUAAUGGGGUCAUGUCAGGAGAGUGACCCCUGUCUAUAUGCUACAUUAGGUCAUAUGAAGGUUAUACAUGGGGUCCAACACUUAGGACCCCCUUUAUAAACUAGAUCAGAGUGCUGCUGAACAAGUGUGGCUCGCUCUGUAAAGGACUCUGGUCUUGUCACCUGUUACACUGUUUGCCAUAUAUCUGGAUGUGCUUCAUGGAAAUCUACAUUUCCCCAGGUGGGAUACUACUGAGAAAGUGUUUGGCCAACCUAAACUGCCCUAGAGACAUCCAG